CUCAACUCCCGCCGCUUCCUCCUCGCCGCCCCUCCCCACCAGCCCGGCGAACGCAACCGGCCCGUGGGGACCGAGUGUCCGCGCCGCCGGGGACGGGCGCGGGCCGCGCCGCAGCCAGAGCGGGGCCGGGUCCCGCCGCUGCCUCCUUCCGCCGGCCGCGCCGCCGGCCAUGCAUUCUUCCGGCUCCUCUGGCUCCCGUAGCCCGAGCCAGGGCCCGGCCAGCCCAAGAAAGACAGGACGGACUCCAAUGUGAGAAUGGCUGUGACUUUGGAAGAAGCUCCGUGGCUGGGCUGGAUCUUGGUGAAAGCCCUGUUGAGGUUUGCCUUCAUGGUCGUCAACAAUCUGGUUGCAAUUCCAUCCUACGUCUGCUAUGUGAUUUUACUUCAGCCCCUUCGAGUGCUGGACAGUAAGCGCUUCUGGUACAUUGAAGGAAUGAUGUAUAAAUGGCUUUUAGGCAUGGUGGCUUCUUGGGGAUGGUAUGCUGGCUAUACAGUCAUGGAAUGGGGGGACGAUAUUAAAGCAAUUUCAAAAGAUGAAGCAGUAAUGUUGGUGAAUCAUCAGGCAACAGGGGACGUGUGUACUCUGAUGAUGUGCCUCCAGGACAAAGGACUGGCCGUUGCUCAAAUGCUGUGGUUGAUGGAUCAUAUUUUUAAGUAUACAAACUUUGGAAUUGUUUCUCUAAUUCAUGGAGACUUCUUUAUAAGACAAGGAAAAUCUCACCGUGACCAACAACUACUUCUUCUCAAGAAGCACCUAGAAAAUAAUUACAGGAGCAGAGAUCGAAAAUGGAUUGUUUUAUUUCCAGAAGGGGGCUUCCUCAGGAAGAGAAGAGAAACAAGUCAGGCAUUUGCCAAGAAAAAUAACUUGCCAUUUCUUCAACAUGUCACUCUGCCAAGGAUUGGAGCAACAAAAAUUAUUUUGAAUGCACUUGUGGCACGACAGGAAAAUGGAAGUCCAGCAGGAGGAGAUGCUAAAAAAUUAGGCAGCAAAUCGAAAGGCCUCCAGUGGAUAAUAGAUACAACCAUAGCUUAUCCCGAAGCUAAACCCAUAGAUAUUCAAACCUGGAUCCUUGGAUACAGGAAACCGACAGUCACACAUGUACAUUACAGGAUCUUUCCAAUUAAAGAUGUACCCCUGGAGACCGAUGAACUUUCUGAUUGGCUCUAUCAACGUUUUAUUGAAAAAGAAGACCUCUUAUCGCAUUUUUAUAAAACAGGGGCUUUUCCACCUCCCAAGGGCCACAAGGAAGCUGUUUCCAGGGAGAUGACCCUCAGCAAUAUGUGGAUCUUUCUCAUACAGUCUUUUGCGUUUUUGUCAGGCUAUAUGUGGUACAACAUCAUUCGGUAUUUCUACCAUUGCCUAUUCUAGGACCUGGACUUGUCAGAGUCACCAUAGGAAUCCAGACUUUCAGGAGUGUGCAUUAUUUUACAUGUGCAAAUCAGAAUAUUAAAAACAAACAAACAAACAAAGGAAAUUCCAUGGAUGGAUUACUGUAUUUAUCCCCCUUUGGGAUAUUUUAAAACUGCGAAAAUGAGCAUCAGUAAUAUAGUGACCUGCUAAUAUGUUUUAAGGACUUUUCAUGUUUUAAAAACAUACACUCUACCACACACUUAAGCGAACAUCACAUUUGGAGAAGAGGAAAUCGUAAAAUCAUCCUAGAAGACUGAGAGAAGUUCUGUUGCCAGCAGAUGCUUGAUCACCUAGUCCAAGCUCAGAGAGCCGUGCCGUCCUCCUAGCUAGCAGCCUCCAUAGGGCAGUGCUGCGGGGUCCCCACUACCCCCUCCCCGUGCUCGCUGAGUCACUGGUAACCUCGAGCAGGGCUGGUUGGCACCUUCUGAAGAACGGUUGCCCUGUCGCGUGCAGUGACACUCCAGUCCUCACCAACUCAGCAAGGUUCAGGGUCAGGCAUGCUGGGGGCGGGGUGCAGGGGGGAGCGGUGUCCAGUGGACAUGUCCCUGUACUGGAAUGUGCUCUUUCAAAAGGCUCGCUCAGUCCGUGUUUACAUGUGCUAGUGCUUGCCCGUGUUGGGGUGGGCACUUGGUUUCUCCUUUUGUAUAGAAGGCAUAUUGUAGAUUGAUAAUUGUUUCUUACAAAAUGCACUUUUGUCAGAUGCAUCUGUAGCAAAGGGUUGGUAGUACAGCCUGAACACAGACGUAAGCCUAACGGGUGAGUGGGGUUCUCAGAGGCCGCCCUGUCCCGCGUACUUGGCCUGUGCACCCGUGCUCACCAGUGCCUCCCUGUGCCGGGUACCGCGCCCAGCCGAGACUGCUGUCUGGCUCAGAGGCUUUGCUUGUUUCAUUUUAAUUUUGGUAUAUUAGCACCAAAUGCAUUUGGGGAUGGUUGAAACAAAUUAAUGCAAAACAUUUAAAUGAUCAGUACAUGGUAAAAUAGGCAGUUUAUUAGAAAAAUAAGAGCUGGCCGGCCAGACACUGGCUUAAAUUGGCGACAGGUUGUCACAUGGCACCGCCAGAACCUGUCACUCAAGGAGCUGCCCAUGUCAGGGUGGUGAGACCGGGAGAGAGACCGGUACAUGAGACUUCCCAGUCUCUUCCAGUCACUUUUGGAAAGGAUCAAGUCAAGUGUCUAUUGCUAGAAGGCAUUUUUUUUUUUUUUUGUAUUUGUCACUAUGUUCAUGCAAUUUACCUCACAGUAGAACCAAACUCUUCUCAAAAAGUGCUGAUACCGCCUCAGCCAUCACCUGCGCUCCCUAUGUGGAGGCAGAGAAUGGUCUUUGGUUUGGGGUUAUAAGACCACAAGAUGUUAGUGAGUCAGUGGUAGUUUCUUGUGACGUGAGCAGCGUAGAUUCCCCCCUUGUCACUAAUCAUACAAAUGACAAUUUUGAGAAAUAGGCUGGAAGGUAAAAGUAAAGGCUGACGGUUUUUGUUUUUAAAUAAACCAAAAAAACCCUGAGAAGAUACAAAUUUUUUCUCAGUUAUGUGGGAAAGGUAAAGCAACACCAAAUACAAGCCCACAGCAGCUUCACCUCUAGGUUAAUUCAGCGCAUGUGGGAAGAGAAUGAUGCGUUAACUGAAAUACCUCAUGAUUAUACUACUACUGGUAAGAAGAUGGUGUUCAUGUGUUUGGUUUGGGAAUGGUGGUUAUAAAGUGCCACUGUUUGAAAUCUAAGCAUUUCACUAUGUGUUUUGCAGUGAUAGCGAGUAGGCGAAACCAAUCUCAACUAAGAAGUACGGAAAAUGAUAGGAAGCCAAAUGGAAGCUUAAAAAUGCUUCUGUUUGAGGCCCAGCAAAUGCUACUGGGUUACAAGAUGAAUUGGAAUUGUUCAUUUGAGAGGUUAGUCAGCCAUCUGGGGUAUACGUUGUUCACUGUCAAGUACGGCAGACACAGGCCUAGCAAUUAGACCUUUUCCUCAUCGCUGAAGCAAGCCACAGGUAGAGUGGCCAGUUCUCCCAGCAGAAAACAAGAGAAAUGCCUCUGUGCAUGCACCGAUGCGGUUUAGGACCGUUGGCCAUCACUGUGCUCCAAAGGAACAUGAUAUUGUUUAAUAUACUGUACACAUUAAACAGACUAUUCUUUAAGAUGCUUUACUCUUCAAGCGCAGUCAUUUCAACAGCCGCUAGAGUGACAAAUACCAAUAGAUGUGUGAGUCAAUUUUUGAACAUAGACCUGUGAGUUGUAAAUAGAUGUGUGUUUGAUCUGCCCUGUCCCUCUUUGAUUCCUUAUCAACAUGUUCCCCCUCUUCUCUUUGAGAGCAUUGCUAGCGCUUUCCUUACUAGAAACUGGGGCCCUCUUGCUUGCACUAGGGAACAUGAUGAGAGAAUCAGUGUUCUUACGUGGCAUCAGGGAAGCCGCAAUAUGCCACUGUACAGAGCUGGAUAAAAAUUCCUGACCUGUACUUCCUUUGCAAAGUGAGAUGAAAGGAGGUUUAGUAAAUAUCCAUCUUCUCAAGUGGAAAGAAAUUAACACUGUGCCAGUUUUAUACGAGUAGCUUUUAGAAUCUCAGCUGUCCUGCCUAGGUUCCCACAGCAGGCGGGGUUGCAGACUCUCUGCUGUCUCCUGGAGUCACAGCGUUGGAGCAUCUGCCUGGCCUCAGGCCGGUGCAGUGACUUCAGAAGUGACCAUCCCAGAAGUUCACACUUAACUUCAGAAACUAUUACUGGUGUUCAACUAUACAGAUAUUGUAGAGAAGCCUGUAAGACCAGGGAAGGUAAAGAAAAACUACAGAGCAGAAAUGAGGUCUUGGGUAGUCAUGCAAACUAGUUGAGAAUCUAAAUAGUAGAGUUUGUUUCUUUUUUAAAGAUAGCUGUGAUUUCAGAUCUGUCUUGUUGUCUGUCAUGUUUUAAUAUUACAACCAACCCUUAAUUUUUUACAGUAAAGAACUAGAGAUUACUGGAUAAUUAUUCCAAUAAUAAGUCAUAGGAAGCCAAAAAUCUAAUUGUAUUUAGGAGUUUGAAUUUUUAUUCUCAGCACACUUUUUUUUCUUCCUGGAUGCUUGCUAAUUUAAAAAAGUGAAUUGAAUUGUUUAUUAGUUUCUCUUAUAUUUUUUUGACUAAUAAUGGUGGAAAGAUUUGGAAAGACAGCUUCAGGAAGAAGAAACACAAAAACCUAAAUAAUUCAUAGACUUGAAAAGGAAUUCCUAAUCAUCAAGAGUUGGCAGUAUUGCAGUUGUUCUCAAGCAUUUUUAUAAAAAUGAAAUAUUAAAUCACCAAAUGUAAACCUCAGAACAUCAUUCUAGUGUUCAUAUCAUUUGGAUCAAUGUUAAAAAUGCCUUUUCAUUCUUUGCUCAUAUUACUCUCACUUCUUGUGGAUUUGUCUUAGUAAUGUUUUUUGACAAUCACUUCCCUAAAGACUCUUCUGAACUAGUGGGACCUGGUUAUAAUCAUAGAACAUAGUCUUUAAUCAUGGAUGGUCUUAUUGGAUUCUUUUUGUAUUUAAGAAAAUUUUAUUUGCACUACCCCAUGGGAAGAGUUAGUUAUUUUCUCCAUUACACAGGGCUCACUCCAGAGUUACCAUUAUUGGCAUACCAGCUCUGGUCCACAAAGGAUGGAUGAAGAAGGUUAGUCUUAUUUGUUGCCAUGGAGUGCUGUGAGCCUUGCUUCUGGUAACAUGAAAGGCAAAGUCAAAAGCAGCACUGGGCAGCAGGUAUGACUAGUUCAUUGUAGGAGAGGGUAUAGACUAAUAUGUUUGGGACCAAAACCACCUAAAUUGGACAUUUCUAGAUCAUGAGGGGGCCGGGCAUUCUCUGGAGCAGUCUCUGGAUGGUGCUUUAUUGUAAUCAUUUUGCAUUGAUCCCCACCAAGUAGGAACUGGACCCUGGGAAUGAACUGCGGGUACUGAACUGAUGGGGAAGCGUGGCUUUGGCCAUAUGAAAGAUAAAAUGUGUUUUUCUGCAAAAUUUCCAUUUGAGGAUUUUUACAUUUAAUAUUUUUUUAAAACAGUUUAAAGAGCAAAAAAAAUUUAAGUGUAUUCUAGUUGCAAAAUAUGCACACAUAUUUUGAAUGGCUUUAUUUUUAUUGUGUAAAACUGUUGAACACACGUCUGUGAUGCACAAUUUCUUUACAUGUAAGGAGUCUAUGCAUUUUACAGUAACUUAUGUUAUGAUUGGGUAAUGGAACAGUUAUACAUUAGACUGCCAUUGUUGUGUUAAGUGCUUUCUUUUUCUUUACAGUUAUCACAAAGUUGUAUUUAUUUUAUACAGAUGGGUUUUAGUUUUCCUGAUGCCAUAAUGUUUACUUCAGCUUGGUGACCUGUCUUGCUUUGUGUCUCUGCAUGUUGUGAUGUAUGAUAAGAAUGAAUGUAAGGGCUGUGGCAACUGUAAUUUUUGUAAAGGGCUGGUCACGCGUGAAUCUGGUUUAUGAAUGCAUCGGGAUUAUUUUAGUAACCAGAUUACCUUUUCAGAAAUUGAGAUGUGAACACCAAAAGAAGCAUUUUCUCAACAAAAAAAUUAAUAGCUGGUUCUAUUUUUUUUACCCUAGAAAAAAUAAAGUUGAUUUUUUUUCAAGUAAA